CUCAGCAAAAAAGGCGGCCAACGGUUCGCGAAAUGGGCGCCAAGCCAGGAACUAGAUGAUAAGGAGAACCAGGGUGUCCCAGAGAAAUUUCAAGAUGGGGAACUACCAAGAGUUGUGUCGAUAUUGAAAUCUUCUCAGAGAGCAAACUUCCCCUUGGAAAAGAAAUUAACAAAAAUCUCCUUUAAAAAUUCUCCUGUGUGGCAUAUAAUCCCUCACAAAAGUGAAGAAAAAACUGCUUGGGAAGAUAUUCGCAAACUUGACGAGGAACAAAACUGGACAGAGAGGACACAGGUUGUGACCAAGGAGGAGCACAAUUUAUACAUUGAAACAGCCAAGGAGUUGCUUGAACAGCUUAUCGCUGAUUUACCCUGCUUUGGGGGGCAAUCAAGCACACCUACAAACAUGACAUCUAAUGCUGACGAUUCAGAGAUUGAUGGAUCCCAAUUGUCUGUCGGCAAUAUAACACAAGGCUCUGAAGGGCAUCAGAAUGAACCCAAUGAUGACUUAGACUCAGAGCUCAUGUCGGACUUUUCAAAGUUACAAAUUAACAGUAGUGACUGUCUACGCACAUUUUCACCAAUUGGGAGUGAAAGAACGUCACCUGAUCAGCAAGAGAACUUCUUAGACAGUAAUGAAGACAUCAACAAUCUCCUUGCUCCGCAUGAGAAUGACAACAUAGAAGAUGAUGUGCUGUCGACAGGAAAUGCACGAACUGACAAUUUACUUAAGGAGAUAACUGGUGAAGGAAGAUCAUAUAAGUCAGCUGAACUGUUUUCAGUGAACCCUUCUGAGCUUGAAAAUGAGUUUCAAGAGGGUAAAACACCUAAUGAAGAUCUUAGUAGUGGUGAAAAGGCUGAAGAUGUUAUAGCUAUAUUUGAAAAAGAUGCAGAAAACCAGCCAGAGAUUGAUGAUCAGUUUGGAGAUGAGGCAUUUAAGCCAGCCAGUGAAGCCAUGUGGGAGCUGGACUAUUUGGAACAGUGUGGAAAUAACAGGGAGGACUUUCAAAUGUCAGCCCUGGCCCGUCAGUCUCUGUAUGUUAAAUUUGAUCCACUUGUCAAAGGAGGAAGUUCUCAAACUCCAGGUUAGGCUGUCUGUCUGUCUGUUCAUUUAUUUCAA